AUGCAUCUCCCAAGGCACACCAUCGAGUCCCAUGCAGCUGCUCCGCUCUUUCGACAUGCCAGCUUUUGCUCCCCAGAUCCCACAAGCUUGCACAAUGGGUCCAUCCCAAGCUCUUCGCCUGGCUUCUCGGCUGUUGGACCCACCGCGGAUGGGCUUUCGCAUCCCGCUGUUUUCAGUUGCGCCACCCCCAACGGCUUUAUGGUUUCGCAGACCGACCCUCUCAAACUCGUCUCGAAUCGAUCCUGGUCGUCGUCUCAAGGAGGUCUCUCCCACGCUGUCCCCGUUCAGCACACUUCCCUCCUCUUCCUUGUAGGAGGCGGCAGGGUACCUCGCUUUGCGCCAAACAAGGUCAUUCUGUGGGAUGAGGCUGCAGAAUACACCGCCAAUCCACCAGCUGGCAUCUCUCGGGCUGCUGAUUCUGACGAUGAAGAUGAUGAUCUCAGCUUUCCUCCUUCACGCCACGCUUCCACCAUCUUUUCAGCCGGCUCUGAAUUCGACGCGUACGGCAGGUCACCUACUAAUGAGUCUGAGCAUGUUGCUGAAAGUCAUCGCCCCUCCUCUCCGGCCAACGACCUUCCAUUCUCUACAUCGUCUCUUGUCAAUGCCAAUGAUCUGCACGGUCUCAGCUCCAGCUCUGACCUCGCUGCAUCAAUCGACCGAGGCGCUAAUGGCAGCGGGAUGGUAAAAAGCUUUGAUGCCAGCUCUCCUGGAACCGAUCGCUUACAUGCAGUCCGUAGCUCGUAUGAACUCCAGCGAACCGGCCCAGAAUCGAUGCUGCGCGAUGAUUCAACGACCGACGUAUCCUCCUCGUUCCAUUCUCACGCCAUCAUGUCCAGCUCCGCCAACCUUGCCGACCCUUUCGCCCACGCCGAGUCCCAUUCGGCCGAGCACAGCCCAUCAAUUGCAAGUGGCACCUCAAGCGCAUCUUCAACAGCCAUGAGUGCGAGCAAUUUGCCAACCUCGGGAACCAUAUCGUCAAAGAUAACGCAGCCUCCUCUGUCCGGUCAAGGCUUGUUCUCCAAUCUCUCCGCGCGCCAAACGGGAGCUGACUUGGUCGACUCGGUCUCGAGUUUGGCGACCACGGCAACCGACGCCACUGCCAAGGCACGUCCGCAAAUUCUGCAUGGUCGUGAGGUUGCCGAGCUCGAAUUCAGCGAAGUUGUUCGGGGUGUCUAUGCCACCGCUGUGUAUUCGAAAUCGACCAAGUCAAAGAUCAACCCCUCGACAGGCAAAGCCCGCGUGUCUGUCGAGAAUAGAAGCUCACGCCAGCCGAUAGGCUCGCGAUUCUGCGUGGUUUUGGUGGUGGUGCUUACAUCCAGAGCCGUCAUCUUCGAACUCUCGCCGCCGUCGAUGGCACUAGGCUUGGACGGCAAUCCUGCAAGCUUCAAUUGGAGGAUACAGAAGAGGACAACUGUGCAGACUUACAAGAAUCCCAAAGGGCUCGGCUCUGUUGCUCCGUACUACGGGCGGUCUGCUAUUUCCGCUUUGGAGCAUUCCAGCGCUAUUGUCGCGCUUGCGGGUCGACAAAAGGGCCACGUCCAGCUCCUUUCCAUCAAGCUGCACGGCUUAGUAGCAUCCAAUGCGGUCAAUCCCAAUCUGGCGAAUCCGACGUCGUCUGUGGGCGCCGCGUCCAUCAUUGUCGCGCACGAAUCUUCGCUUGCCGCCAUCACGCUUAGCCCGAAUGGACUAUUGCUGGCUACUGCAUCGUCCAAAGGCACGCUGAUCCGCAUCUGGUCCAACAACUUGUCUGGCAGUCCAGAAUCAACUGCCUCCCAGCAGCGUUCAUCAUCGCAAGGGGCAAAGUCGAGCACCCCAGGAAGAACUGGCUUUGGUGCCAGAUUGCUGCGCGAAUUGCGUCGCGGAACGGAUCCUGCUACCAUCUUGAGCAUCGCCUUUACGCCAGAUGAAUCGCUGGUGGCGGCGGCCAGUGACAAGGGCACGAUCCACAUCUUCAUGCUUGGCGCCACACCGACUACAAGCCAAGCCAACGUUGGCAAUCAGGAUGCCCCCCCCCGCCUGCUUCCACAAUACCUCAAGUCCGAAUGGAGUAGCGCCCAGUUUCGCAUUCCUCUCAAAAGUUUCGGUGCAUCCUCGCGGCAUUACACGUCGCCUUCGACCGCAGACGAUGGUGGAUUGUUCGGCGCUGGCGCUUCAACGUCCAAGUUUGCUGGUUCGGAAAAGUCGACCGAAGGUGCAUGGGCACAGAUGCGGAGUCGAAUCAGCGAUAUUCGCAAAGGCGAAGCAAGCGUUGAGGAAAGCAUCUUUCUCUGUUGGAUCGUCGAAGCUUCCACUACAUCUGCCCCCACGAAAAGCUCGGGGUCCGACAAAGAUCGUCAGCGCGCAGACAAGACACGCAGCCGUGCCGCAUCCAAGCACACUGACGCAUUCCAGCACUCUGAAGAUGUAGGCGUCGAUGAUGCAGCGUCGACGGAUGCCACCUGUCGCGGCCCACAAUACCGCUUGAUCGCUUUGACCACCUCAGGCGGGUGGUACAAGCUGGCGGUCACCCUACCCAAGAUCGUUGCCGGGGAAGAGGUGUCAGGUUCAACGGUGCUCGAGAUGUAUCGUCGAGAUGCUUCGUCGCAGUCGAAGCGCACCAGCACACUCGAGUGCCAAUUGCUCGAAUUCAGGCCUAUGGCAGCUCUGCUGGACAGCUGGAGAGCCUAA